AGUCACAUUUCCCACAUGCGGCAAAACUCAGAGCACUAAAAGACAGAAUGAGGGGCUCCUGGUCUGGGUAAUCUGCAGGAUCAGCCCCCAGCUUCUAGAGUCAUGCUGGUCUGAAGUUCUUCUUUUGAUUUUGUGAGUGACCUGCUUUUCCCAAACCCACCUGUGGCCUGUAUACACACAGAGGUGCUGCAAAGUGGAACCCAGGAUGAGUAAAAGCAGCCCUGGGACCAGACCGGGACAGAACUAGGACCUGACCAGGACAAAGGGACAAGUGGGCUGAAACCGCAGAGAUCAGUCUUUUAAACCAGAACCCAGCCAGCAGUGUGAGUACCCCUCCACCAGACUGUUCCUGGAAUCUCCUCCUUCAGCCUAAAGAAUCCUCCCAGCCACCGCCUCAGGAUGAAGGGUAGUUGGCCCCCAACGAGGUUGGGAAAGGUCAUGAUUGAGGCAACACGUUGUUCCGGAAAAGCACACGGAAGUAGAAGGCUGGGGAUCCUGCUUUUCAGAAGAUGCACUAUUAUAGAUACUCUAAUGCUGAGGUCAGCUGCUGGUACAAGUACCUCCUCUUCAGUUACAACAUCGUCUUCUGGGAAUAGGAUCCUGGCAGGGCUUCUUCACUUGGGGUCUACAGGAUGUGCGGGAACCAGCAGUGAGAAGUCUGUGAAAUUCCAUUCAAAAUAUUGGUUGGCUGGAGUUGCCUUCCUUGGAGCCGGACUGUGGGCAUGGAGCGAAAAGGGGGUGCUGUCAGACCUCACCAAAGUGACGCGACUGCAUGGAAUCGACCCCGUGGUGCUGGUCCUGAUAGUGGGCGUGGUGAUGUUCACACUGGGGUUUGCUGGCUGUGUGGGGGCCCUGCGGGAGAACAUCUGCCUGCUCAAGUUUUUCUGCGGCGCCAUUGUGCUCAUCUUCUUCUUGGAGCUGGCCGUGGCUGUGCUCGCCUUCUUAUUCCAGGACUGGGUGAGGGAUCGGUUCCGGGAGUUCUUCGAGAGCAACAUCAGAUCCUACCGGGACGACAUUGACCUGCAGAACCUCAUUGACUCCCUUCAGAAAGCCAACCAGUGCUGUGGGGCGUAUGGCCCCGAAGACUGGGACCUCAAUGUCUACUUUAACUGCAGUGGUGCCAGCUACAGCCGUGAGAAAUGUGGGGUGCCCUUCUCCUGCUGUGUGCCGGACCCCGCGCAAAAAGUUGUGAACACACAAUGUGGAUAUGAUGUAAGGACUCAGCUGAAAAGCAAGUGGGACGAGUUCAUCUUCACGAAAGGCUGCAUCCAGGCACUGGAGGGCUGGCUCCCGCGGAAUAUUUACAUUGUGGCCGGCGUCUUCAUUGCCAUCUCACUGCUGCAGAUAUUUGGCAUCUUCCUGGCACGGACCCUGAUUUCGGACAUUGAGGCAGUGAAGGCCGGCCAUCACUUCUGAGGAGCAGAAAUGAGCGAGCAGAGCUGAGCCACACUGUGGAGGCCAGAGCCCUUCACUGUCGUCCACUUUACCUCCAGAGGAGAGAAGCGGACGACCCUAGCCAGAGCCAGCACCCUGUCUUCAGCAUCAGUGUGACCUCUUUGAUUCUGCUUGCUGGUGCUGAAGACCAAGGGGCUCCUUCUUACCUGCAGGAACUUGUGACCAAGCCUGGGGUCUUGCCCAGAGACAGAAUAUAUCUUUAGGUGGGGGUGGUGACUGAGGGACAGAUGGCUCCUGUGGCUACGAGGAGGGCUUGACUUGGCCCUCCUGGAACCCAAGUGUGUCUGCAGGGUGCCCUGGUGUCCUUACUACUCAUGUUAUCAGUG